AUGUCCGUAUCAUUCAAUUUUAGCGGUAAAGUAGUGCUGAUCACGGGCUCGAGUGCGGGUAUUGGCGCCGCCACUGCCGUACAGUUCUCCAAAGCCGGCGCUCAGGUUGUGGUCACCGGUAGGCGCGCCGACAAAGUGUCAGAAGUGGCCAAAGAGUGUCUCAAAGUAUCACCGAAUGGGACGAAAGCGCUGCAAGUGGUGGCGGAUGUGACUAAAGUGGAUGACUUGCGACGACUUGUGGACACAACUAUCAAACACUUCGGGAAACUCCAUGUUUUGGUGAACAACGCCGGCGCCGGCUUUCCGAUAGGCAUCGAUAAUAAGGACUAUUACUCGACGUAUUUGAAAACAAUGCAAUUAAACCUGAAUUCUGUGGUCUAUUUGACGCACAUAUGUGUCGAGCAUUUGGAGAAAACAAAGGGAAAUGUGAUAAACAUCUCGAGUGUAGCCGCUCUGCAAUCCGGUGAUGGCGCUUCACCAUAUCAUAUGUCUAAGGUUGCGAUGGAUAUGUUCACCAAAUGUAUGGCCGCAGAGUUGGGACCCAAACGUAUCCGCGUUAAUGUCAUCAAUCCUGGACCAAUUCGCACGGAAAUUUUAAACGCCGCUGGACUGCCCCAGGACAAAAUUGACAAACACAACGACUACUUCUCCGGUGUAUUGCCGUUGGGACGUGUGGGUGACCCUGAUGACAUUGCCGACUCCAUACUCUACUUGGCCAGUGACCAUGCUGCUUUUGUAACGGGCACUAAUCUGAUAUCAGAUGGUGGGGCCAUUGCUGCCAACGCUAUCAACAGUAAAGCCCUUAAGGAGGUGCUGUUUCAGUAA